CGACUGAGAGAGAGAGACAGUCAGUCAGUCAGUCAGUGAGUGUUCACCUGUUAGCGCCGCCAUCACCGACAGUCAGUCAGACAUCGCCUCAGUCGUUUCGCGCUCUCCGCUCUCAGUAUGGUGCGUCUUUUGGCCUCCGUCUACCUCCUGUGUGCCGCCGCUGUUCUCGCUCAGCAGGACGGCUGUGAGUGGGACUCUAACGCGGAGGUGAACCGGGGACUCUCACCGGACUCUCUGGGCGCGGGCGCCACCUACGCAGCUCACCUGCCGAAGGUGCAGGAGGACGGCCGCUGCCGAGAGGAGUGCUGCGGGAGGGAGGACUGCCAUCUGGCCCUAAUUGGAACCCCGGCGGACGGCACGUCCGAGUGCUUCCUGGUAAACUGCAUGAAAGAGGGCAAAGACGUUUGUGUUUUGUUGCCGAGCUCUCAGUUCAGGUCGUACAGGAAGAGCUCCGAGAGACGGCAGCCCAAAGAGCUGGGCGAGCCUCGCUCCUCCACCAGCUCCAGCUCCAACUCCACAGAUAGGUGCCGUUAUGAAAAAGCUGUGGGUCCUUGUCGCGCUGCCUUCGCCCGAUUCUACUACGAUGUCACCAGCCAGACUUGUAAAUCGUUCAUCUAUGGUGGCUGUAAGGGCAACGACAACAACUUCGAAACAGGGGGGGACUGUGAGGCAGCUUGUAGUGGAGUAACAGGUGAUGUCAUUGUUGACUCUCGAGAUUCCCAGAAGCGUAGAAUGGCUGGACCUGAGCAGAGUAAAGAUACUGCCCUGUCUGAAAUGACAUCAGAAGAGUUUGCAGAGAAGUGUCAGGCUGAUCCAGACGUUGGGCUAUGCAGGGCGGCCAUCCCACGUUUCUACUACAAAAGUGGCACCUGUAAGCAGUUCAUUUUUGGCGGAUGCCGUGGCAACAAGAACAACUAUGGCUCCGAGGAGGAGUGCAUGAAAAGCUGCACUGUGAAAAUUGUGGAAUCAAAGAAAGAGGACGAUAAGGAGAACAUUGAGGACUACCAUGAGGCCUGUACUCCUCUGGCUGAUGCUGGACUAUGCCGUGCAGCUUUCCAAAUGUUCUACUUUGAGCCCAGCUCUCAGUCCUGCAAGUCCUUUACAUAUGGAGGUUGCGGUGGCAACAAGAACCGCUAUGACAGUGUGGAGGAAUGCAUGUCUAAAUGUGCUGGCAAGCAAGGGAGAAAUGGACGCUCUCGCUGGACUCCAGCCUUCUUCCUGGUGGCGACUCUGGCCAUCAUAUCGAUGAUUCUGCUGGUUGGUCUGCUCCUGAUCUCUUCUCGCCGGACCAGGCAGCAGCUGGUCUUUACACUGGACGACAAGCAGGAGCUCCUUCCCGAGGAGUAUGUUCCUGCAGAGGAUCCCCCCAAACCAGUCUUGCACUAAAUAUCUAUCUAUGUGUCUAUGUUUCUGUCUGUCUGUCUGUCUGUCUCUCUAUCAAUCUGUCUGUCUCUGCACUCCAACACUGUCUGACAACCUGUUGCACAUGUCGAGUUUGGGGAGAAAAGAAUUGAGAUGUUGCUGUAGUACAAAGGCACACCAUUACAGACUCUGAUUGACGUCUAGAAGCAAAGUAACCCUGUGAUGGUGCUUUGCUAAUCAAAUGUCUACAAGAAAAAAUUGAUACUGUUCAUUCAGAAGAAAAGUUGAUUGGUAGGUUUGACUGGUUAUUGUCCUUCAAAACACUAAGUGGCAAAAAUAAUUUCUCAAUGUUUCUUCACACCACCAUUUAAAACAACUGCCCCAGCUAACUUUGAAAUAAUUUCAUUCAUCGGGAGUGGUUAUUAAUUAUUCUUUGAGAAAAUCUUUGUGGAAAUGGAUUUAAUUGGUGUAUUAUAACAGCUUACAUUAAAUAGUCCAGAUGAGCAGCUAGCUAGCAAGUCUGUGGAAGAGAAAAGCACAGCAUACCAGCAAGACCUAUCUAAACUUUUCAGGUUGACUUGUUGAAUGAUGAGGUACAGAUGUUUUUAACAUGGUUGAAAAUUCAUGCACUCCCAUGUUAGAAGGUAGAUAUUAAGGGUACAAAACAGGAUAUACUGAGUGUGUCAGAAUGUAAUGACGCAGUAGCGUUUUUUUUAAUGCACCACUAGAGUUUUACUACUUUAACUGCUAAUUUCUUGAUAAUUAGGCGUUUUUAUUUUUGUGAUUUAUGUACACUUUAAUGAUAUUUUUUCCUAUUUAAAUUCUGUUUUCAACAAAAUGACUACAUCAUUGAACACAAUAACAGUAAUAUACAUAAGCUCAUGUUAAAUGUAUACACAAAUAAGUUGAACUGAUUUCUAUGGCAUCCUAUAGCAUAAUAAUACAAUUAUAAUGAUGUCCAGUUCCAUAGUAUAAAUCUAAUCUAAUCUGAUGCUCCAGUAUGAUACAGACAUGGCCAAACUCAUAGCACACAGAGUAGACCUUGUUUGCAUCUCCACAUUUAACCCUGUUUAAAGGUGUCUCUAGGAAGAGCCAGCCAUGUGGAGAAUGAAUGUACUUAUUUCCAUUAUGUGCAAGUUUUAGUUCACUUUCAAGAAUGAACUAAAAAUCUGCAAUUUAUUUACCAAAAAUAUGUGUUUGAUGCCAUUAUGUGUAUAUAUACAUGGUUUGGACAAUCUUGCACUGUAUUUUUGUUCUCUGUUUUGCUGGCAGGAUGAUUAUCUGGUUCUUAUAGGAAUUGGAAAUGUAAGCUACUAUUUUUUGUAAAGCCUUAUCAAUUUAAAAUCUGCAAUAAUAAAGGAUAACUUUGUUUAGACUUUUAUAUGCUGAAUAUCAUUUGUUGUGUGUUGCGGUAGAAUGCAAAGCACUGUAAAUUUUAAUGCUGGUAUUGUUUCGUUACUUUUGGUUAACCAAUAGACGUCAUUAAUUAUCUCAGAAAUUUAAGUAGAAAUUUGAACUGUGCUGAACAACUUUACAUAAUUCUUUGUCAUUACCUGUGAAUAUGGUUACAAUACAGUUUCUGAAAGUUUGUUCCUCCUGUUAUAUUAGUUUCUUUUCUUUAUACUAUUGAUGCUCAUACCAAAUAAUUUGAAAUGUUUAAGCAAAAUAAAUGUCUGAUUUAACAUUU